UCGCCAUCCGCCAUCUUGAUGUUCCCAAAACAACAAUGCCGACCUUUGCGUUGAUUGCCAUUCGUGGCUGUGAGAGAACAUUCUACAGGUUAUCGUCGCCAACUUCUUGUCGGCACUAUUCCUUGUAUCGACCAAUCAGCUCCCUCCGACCGACUCUUUAUCAACACCAGAAACCACGCAAUGAAAGAUGAGCAUGAGCAGCAAGAAAAAAACACGGACUUCCUUUGGGGCAACAGCGCCACCAUUCAUUGACUACUUGAAAGACAUCUUACGUCGGUACCCGGACGGUGGACAAAUCUUGAAGGAACUGAUUCAAAAUGCAGACGACGCUCAAGCAACCAAAGUGACUUUUAUCCAUGAUGAGAGAAGUUACGGGACUCAAAACCUUUGGACUGAUGCCUUGGGAUGUUUCCAAGGACCUGCUCUGUACAGUUACAACAACGCGCCGUUUACUAACGAGGACUGGCAAGGAAUUCAGGCUGUCGGGAGGAGCAUCAAGCGCAAAGAUCCCACCACAGUCGGGAGGUUCGGGAUCGGUUUCAACUCCGUUUACCACAUAACAGACGUUCCAAGUAUAUUCAGCUCUGGCCACCUCGCCUUCUUGGAUCCCCAAGAAAAAUUAUUUGGGGAAAGACAAGGCGGUUUCCGUUGGUCGCUGGAUGACACCGAGCACCAAGAAGCUCUGACGACUAUGGCCGAUCAGUUCCAACCCUUUCGGGACGUUGUUAAGCUCGUAAGCGGAAAAGAGUGGUCCAAAGUCAUCAACCACGAUCAACACUUUGAUGGGACAAUUUUCAGACUGCCUUUGCGUGCCGAAACGUCAGAAAUUUCAGAUAAUUUGUACAACGCAAAUAAGGUUGCUGAGCUUUUUGGUAGCUUCUUUGCGGAUGCAGAUUUGAGUCUGCUGUUUUUGAAAAACGUGACCACGGUGAGCUUGAUGCACGUCGACGUCCAUGGCUCUGUGAGCACAAGACUCGAAGUCAAGUCCUCGGCCUCGGCAGGUGUCAUUUUGGAACCCCAAGACAAGACCGUCAUCGAAGGUUCAACCGGCCUCAAAGUGAUAACCGUCACUUCCGAAGAGCACAAAGAAACCAAGUGGCUUGUGACAACAUGUACCGUGAAGGAAGAAAAUAUAGAGGAACUGGAUAUCCUCGCGCAAAAGUUGAGCUUUGUUCCACGAGUUGACUUGGCAUUCCCGUGCGGAGAGAGGGGGGCCGUCAGCGGGGGCCGACUGUGUUGCUUUCUCCCGCUGCCGAACAACGACGGCAACAAGACGGGACUGCCGGUCCAUGUCAACGCCUGCUUUGGCCUCACAGAUAACAGGCGACACAUCAAGUGGCAAGAGGAAGAUCAGAUACAUGACGAACAAGCCGUGUGGAACGAAUUGCUGAUGAAGGCAGUGCUGCCGCAAGCGUACCGAAUGAUCGUUCGAGACGCCAUCGGGCACGCUCAAGAGACUUUUCUCCCCGCGUCCUCAGUUUAUGACCUGUUGCCGGAUCUGGCCGAGAUUCAGCACAAGGACAAAUGGUACGCCCUCGCCGUCGAUGUCCUUCGUCAGUUGUUCCAAGAAAACGUGCCGGUGCUCUCCCUCGCCAGAGAUGAAAAAAAAUUCAUCAGUCCGUCGGAAGCUGUGCUCCCUUGUACCGGCCCGGUUAGACCUGAUAUACUGGCCGCCGUUCGGAAAACCUUGCUUUGCUGUGGAGAGAAUCUUGUAACAUCUCCGAGCAACGUUGCGAGAGCCAUAGAAAAGGUUCACCCCCGGGCCAGCAGCCUAAAAUAUGCGACUCCAGCAUUCCUCAGGGAUGUCCUCCACAGGGUUGACGUGCGUCGCAUGUCCCGAGACGACAAACUCUGUCUUUUGGAGUUCAUCCUGAGCGAUGGAGAAUACCAGGAUCUCCGGGGUCUUGAGCUUCUCCCACUCAGUGAUGGCUCUUUUCGAGCUUUCACAGACAAAGACCAGGACACUGCCUUGAUUGACAGCAAGGAAUUUCCAAGAGUCCUGCUACCAUUUUGCGAAGACCUUUUCAUCCCAGAUGACUUGAGCCCAGACUGCACUUCCCAUUUGAAAGAACUGGCUCUUCAAAAACUAUUCAAGAUAAUCGUGAUUGACGCAGAUCAGGUGGCACAGUACAUCAGGAAGUAUUUGCCCGAGGACUGGAAGCUGUUGGACAAAGACCUCGUUAGCUGGGACAUCAACAAAAGUCUGCCUCGACCCAUCGACUGGCUCCAAGAAUUUUGGAAGUUCCUCAACGCUCACUUUACAGCGUUAAACCUUUUCGUUGACAUUCCGUUGAUACCGGUGGGUCCCCUCUCUUCCAGUCAGUCUGUACAACUGGCUAAAAUGAAUCCGAAGACAACUCUUGUUUUCCACCAAAGGAGGCAGAUUAGUUUGCCAGAUGAAAUAGCCAAGUUGGUAACAAAAGUCGGCGGGACAGUGGUCAGGGGAAACGAGUGGCUUAAGCAUGACGACCUUGAUUCGUAUGUCCUGUGUCCAUCUCCAAGAAGUAUUGUGACUAUCUUGACGAACGUCGAGUAUCACCAUCUCGUCAAAGAACUCGAGACCACGUGUCCCAGCGCUCGAGAAGAACUGAAGGAGUAUCUGUCUAGUCUGAAUUCUCUCUCAAACAGCGAGAGGGAUAUCCUCUCGAAGGUGCCUCUGUUUCAAAACACAAGAGGUGUGCCUCUCCCUGCACUUUCAAAAAAGGCUUUGCUUAUAGGUUCCGGUCCAAAAGUACCAAUGGAUCUUCCAAUGCCUGACUCAAUAGUGCAAUGUAUUACAGAUGCUGAUCGCAGCUUAUUGCAGUUGCUCAACAUUAAACUUUUGGACACGGCUCAAGCGGCUCAUCUUCUGAUUGAUAAGAUUGAAAGCAGAACCUGCAGCAAAAAGGACUCUGAAAAGAUCAUGAUUUGGAUACUCCAGCACAGCAGCAUCCUUUUCUCCCAAAAUAAGAACUUAAAACAUCGCUGCCGAGAAUUCGGCUUCAUGGAAGCAAAUGGAGUGCUGAAGAAGACCUCACACUUCCUCGAUCCAAGAGUUCCAAUUUUCAAAGUCAUUUUUGACGCUAGCUUCUUCCCUCCUUCUCCAUACUUGCAAACAGCGGAGAUGAUUGAAACCCUAACAGAACUUGGUAUGAGAAAAAGUGAAGCGGAUGUGUCGCCUGAGCACUUGCUGCACGCUGCCGCAGUGAUUGACGGGCUGCAAAUGAACUCCGAGACCUUCAGCAGAGCUCAGGCCCUCUUCAACAUGCUCGACGCUCACAAUCUUCUGCCUCAGUUUUCUGAUGCACAGCUUCAGAAGCUCAAAAUGCUGAAAUGGGUUCCGUGUGCUAACCCCGGCAGUAAAGCAGACCAGUUUUCCCUCUUCUGCCCUCACGAGAUCAGACACUCUCAGUAUGAGGACCUUGUCGGGUAUGUAAUGCCUCUGAUGGGAAGCCUGAGUGACAGAGUUAGCAACGAACUCGGUCUCAAACGACUGCCCCCACCAGAGAAAGUGAGAGACAAUUUGUUUGUCCUGACCGCUAACACAGAGAAAAUGGCCGAUCCCGACACAAAUGAAGAUUUCAGAAGGAGGUUGCAUAGUAUUUACAAACACAUGCAAGAUCACAUUUCUGACUUUGCAACAUUAAUUGAUGGUAACGUGCGUUGGCUGUGGUGCGGUGACCGUUUUUUUUCACCCAGGGAUUUGGUUCUAGACUACCCACCAAAUAUAGAUCUCAGCUUGUGGGUGAGGAAAUUACCAAAGGAAUUCCUACCGUACAAGAAGCUCCUGGAGGAGUUUGGUCUGAGAUUAUUGCUUUUGGAGCAUGAUAUUGUUAACAUUCUCCAUUCCAUCAUGGAAACCAUUGAAGGAAGACGGCCGGCAACUGCAAGCCCAUCUGAGAUAAAGGUCUCGGUCGAAAUUGUCAAAUGGAUAUGGAAGGAGAAGAUGACCGUUCAGGAGGACAUACCGGUGCCCGUCAUCACACAUGGCGGUCAACAAACCCUGAAAUCACUGUCGACGGCCGUUUUCUGUGAUUUGAGCAAAAAAGGCUUGGAGGGACUUCAGUACAGCAAGGAGCAAGUGCAUCUCCUACAUGACGAGAUUCCAAAAGCUGCUGCUGAAUGGUUAAACAUCCAGUUCCUUAGCACACACAUCCUCCAUCCUGAGCUCGUGGGGAUUGAGCAGUGCGGACAAUCUGAGCCCAUAACGAUGAGGAUUAAAAACAUUCUCAAAGAGUAUGAUGAAGAAAUGGAUGUCUUCAAAGAGCUCAUUCAAAACGCUGAAGAUGCCGGAGCAGAAACCUGUAAAUUCUUGGUGGAUUUCAGAAUACACAAAAGUACUCCCGAAAAUCUCAUAGAUCCAGGCAUGGCCCUUUGCCAGGGGCCUUGCCUUUGGGCAUUCAAUAAUGAAAAGUUCACAUCUGAUGAUUGGGAUAAUAUUGUGAGGGUGGGCUCUGCCUCGAAAGAACGCAAGGUGGGAAAAAUUGGCAAGUUCGGACUUGGGUUCAACACUGUGUACCAUAUCACAGACGUUCCUUCGGUCUUAAGCGGAAACAGACUACUUAUACUUGAUCCAAAUGUGACUCACCUUAAAAAGAUCAUCAGAAACAAAUCAAAUCCUGGAAUCAAGUUGGACCUCUCCCAAAAGCAACUAUUUCACUUUUUCCAUGAUCAGUUUAGACCGUACGAAAACAUUUUUGAUUGUAAUUUUACCACACAAUGUCCUCCAGAACCUUACCAAGGUACACUGAUCAAACUUCCUUUCCGAACUGAGGAAGAGGCUCUCAAGUCGGGGAUAAGCACCAAAGUAUACGACAAGCACAAUAUUGUCUCUUUCCAGCGAGAGUUUACAAAUGACUCUCAAACGCAUAUCCUAUUCCUGAAGAAUUUGAAAACAUUGUCUUUGCAAAAUAUCUCCAACCAAGCAGCAACUCCUCCGAGAGACGAAGAACUGCAAACAGUUUUCACUGUCACCAAAAGUACGCUGAGUAAAAUCGGAAUUGCAGACGUUUUUCAGUCAAGGCAGCUUCAAGCUGAAAAGUCAUUGCUGAACCAUGGUGAGAAUUGCAAAGAAGUUAUUGACUGCUGUGCUGCCAACAUUGUCCAAAUAAGCAGUGAACAAUCUGGUAGGAGACAGAGUCAGCCUUGGCUUGUGUACAACUGCUUUGGGACAAAACAGUCUUUAAAAAUGGCCUUGCAAGACAACAAGCAAACCAAGUUCUCUUUGCCAAUUGGGGGAAUAGCUGUGCCUUUGCAAAAAGGUCCAGAAAGUGCAAACUUUACCACGGCAGAAACCAAGUCCAGUGGCCAGGCGUUUUGCUUCCUCCCACUUCCCAUUCACACCGGUCUCCCAGUCCUUGUCAACGGAACAUUUGCUGUAACGAGCAAUCGUAAAGGUCUGUGGGAGAGUGGUGUGAAACGUGAGUGGAACAAAGCGCUUCUUCAGGAUUCCGUCGUGACAGCAUAUGUUACAGCACUUUUGGUGUUAAAGGACAUGUCGCAAAACGGCCAACUGGAAAGUUAUUCUUAUCACACCUUUUGGCCUGACAGGGAAAAAGUUUGUGACACGUUCAAACCGUUGGUUGAUAGCUUUUACUCCAUCAUCACCCAGCACUGCGUUGCCCUUGAGGUCUUCUGUGACGGCCAAAAGUGGUGUUCAGUGAACAAUGCCAUAUUUUUACAUGAGAGCAUCGAAGAAGAUGAAAAGAUCCACACACUUGUCACGCGAGUCUGUCAGAAACAUAUCAAAGCACCAAACCUUGUUGUUCCCCUUCCACGCUGGUUAAGAAAUAGCUUCACACAAGGUGGCUUUGAAAAGGUUGUACAGGAGAAAACGUGGAAUUGGGAGAGGUUCUAUCAAGAUGUCGUGUUUGAGAACCUCGCCACCUUGGACGCAAAGAGUAGAGAUGCUCUUUUGUUACACGCUAUCGACCUUAACUCGGAGGGAAUUGACCAUCUGCUAGGCAGGUAUCCGUGCAUCCCCGCGAUGGACGGACAACUCCAGCAUAUCGACAAACUCGUGAAUCCAUCAGGCAAAUUGGCUCGCCUAUUUGAAGACGAGCUUGGGAGAUUGCUUGGAGGUACAGAGAAUGACUUUCGCUCCUCGAAGAGGGUUCAACGUCUGCUGAAGCUUGGAAUGGCAGAUGACCAUCUUCCAAUGGAGGCUAUCGUUCAGAAAGCGGCAACCAUCCAAAGCAUUUGGAAGACUGACAAAAAUAAAGCGUAUGUGUAUUUGAAGGGCCUUCUUGAACUCAUGAAGGAUCACAUCUUUGACAGAGACUCUUCCCACUGGAAAACAUUGAGUAUGACUCCAUUCCUCCCCGCAUUUCACCACAGUGGUAAAAAAAAAGUCCUAAGAAGGCCAGUCGAGAUUUUCAGUGAGGAAUAUUCCCUGCUAGUUAACAAGACGCAACCUGUCCUGGAUCAUUCUGGGCUGAACAUACACAUUAGUGAUCCUAUCCUACAAAUUCUAGGCAUUCGUGACAGCCCAGUACCAGACAUCGUAUUCCAGCAGCUGGAAAAAGCAGAGAAAUCACAACACACGGACAAAUCUGAGAUUCUCAAGAUUGCCGAUGAAUGCUACAGAUUUCUGGAUAGCUGCAUAUGUGACUCAAAGAUGUCCGAACUUAUUUGCCAGAGGGCUAAUUCCUUCCCGUUCAUUUUUGACGGCAAAACGUUUGUCAAUGUGAGCCGUGUCGCUGUCAAAGGGCAAUUUGAGGCAAAGCCCUACCUUCAUGUACUUCCACCUGGCUUUGCUAGUUUCCAGAAACUCUGGAGGACUGUGGGUGUUGAAGACUCAUUCACUCUGGACCAGUUUGUUGCUGUGCUCCAAGAAAUUCAUUUGAAACACGGGAACAAUCCCUUGCCAAAGGAUGAUCUCGGAAUUUGUCUCUCAAUUUUAAACAGAGGCAUAUACUCUGCCAGUGAGAAUGUCACAAGCGCCUGUCUCAUACCCAAUGAAGAAGGCGUUUUGGUACCUGCCUCUCAGGUAUUUUUUAAUGACAGCCCGUGGAUGCCAGUUUCUGCGGAUGUCAUGCUCUGCCACAAGGAUAUCCCACGUGCUAUGGCACUUCAUUUUGGAAUCAAAACGACCAAACAUCAUACACUUCAAAACGUUGCUAAGAACCUCCCGCCACAUUCUUUCCAGUUUGAACAGAAGGAGGAACUAACUGUUAGGAUUAAAAACAUAAUUUCUGCCUACCCAUCAAAGAUGGAUAUCCUCAAAGAGCUGAUCCAAAAUGCUGACGAUGCGGAGGCAACAGAGAUUCACUUUGUUUGGGAUCGACGACAGCACGGCACUGAAAAAACCUUUGGGGAGAACUGGAACAGGCUACAGGGGCCAGCACUCUGCGUCUUCAACAACCGUGUGUUUUCAGACACAGACCUGGCUGGUAUUCAGCAGCUGGGAACUGGGGGAAAGCGCCAUAACCCAGGGAAGAUUGGAAAAUAUGGACUUGGAUUCACUUCUGUUUUCCAUUUGACUGACUGCCCCUCAAUCCUCACCGGAGAUUCCUUACUAUGCAUUUCAGAUCCCAAUCAAAAUUACAUUGAAAGUGAGCAUGUAGGUGCAGGCAUUGGCUAUACGCUAAACGAGACUUUAAAGGAGAUGUUCGAAGAUGUUUACAAAUCCUAUCUUCCAGACAAAUUUCCCCUGAAAGACGGAACCAUGAUCAGGUUGCCUUUAAGAACCGUUACCAUGGCAGAGACUUCAAAAAUAUCGCAUUGGGAAGUCUGUGAAAAAGACUUGGAAACCCUGUGUGCUGUCCUAACCGAAGACCCCGAAGGGCUCAUUCUGUUUCUGAGGAAUAUCUCCAAAAUUGUGGUCCAUGAAAUCAAUCGUCAGUCAGAGGAAAUCACAACAACCUUUGCAGUCGAAAAGAAAACCACACAAGCAAAAGAAGAAAGAGAGGCUAGCGUGUGGCAUCCUCAAAAUGAUGUUCCGGAUGAAGACUCAGUCACACGUAAGGCGAUUUAUGAAACAAUGAUUUCAACCUCAAAAAAGAGACAAAGUACAUGGAUCGUUGCAGAGCAGUUUCGCACAUUCCAGUCAAACAACGGAGAAGUAAAGCAUCCACAAGCAACUGUAGCAGCGUGUGUGAGAUCAGAAGGACCACGAGACUACAGUGUUUUCAAAGGACGGGUCUUUUGUUUGCUUCCUUUACCAGGCACGACUGGGCUACCCGUGCAUAUCAAUGGAGACUUUGUGGUCGACUCUGCCAGGAAAGGCCUUUGGAGACAGGAUGGUCAGAGUCUGAAAGCAAACUGGAAUGAGUCUUUGAAAAACAAUGUCAUUGCGCCACUGUACGCAGAUCUUCUUCAUUACAUCAGCCGGACAACGUUCGAGAAGACUGUGAGCGCUGCAAAAAUGGAGUCAUAUUUUACUAAAUCAUACUUCCGUUUCUGGCCAACAGUGUCUGAAGAUGUUAGUCAGGAAUGGCAGGAAAUGGUACACGGGGUGUACAGAUCCAUGAGCGAAAGAGGCCUUAAGGUUAUUCCAGUGCUGAGGAGCACGACACGUGUAACUCCUGAACAGCAAUUAACUACUCCCACUGAGUACUGUAUUGACUGGCGAGACGUAAGCGAAACCACACCAACGACCGCGCCUUACAUGGAAUCUUCCAAGCGGACGAUAGAUCACAUUUUGAGGGAGCUUGGCAUGGAUUUGGUUCCCUUCACCACAGAAACGAAGAGGAUAUGGGAUGGUUUCAGAUCAGCUGGCAUCGAUGUAAAAGAUGUAAAUCCUUCAAGUGUGCGAAUAUUUUUGAGCAGAAAGGCUGUCCAUAAUCCAAAGCGAACAAGCGAUGCAUUACCACUGCCUGUGUCUGACACACUCGUCAAAAACCCAGAAAGAUGCUCAAAGCUUCUUCAUUUCUGCUUGAGUGAUAUUUGCCUGGAAAACAUCACAGGUGAGAAUCCUGCUCUCCUCAACGGGCUUCCUCUUCUUCUCACAGCAGAUGAGGUUUUGAGGGUGUUUGACUACAAUUCCCCAAAACUGAUGUGCAAGUACAGUCAUCUGUUCUCUGGCUAUGAGAGCAAUUUUGUACAUCAUCAGACAAACCGUGAACACGAUAAGGUGCUAAAAGCCCUGGGCCUCGCCAGCGACUUGACAGUUCCUGGUGCUUCUGAUUGGUUGAAGCUCUUGAUUCAGCAAAAUCUGAGCAAAUGUGAGGUGGACCCACAGCACCAUCUGACUGUUCCAAAUAAGGAAAUGAUAGCCUGGCUGAAAUUGCUAUGGAAGUUUUUAUUAAGCAAUAUGAAAGCAAAAAAGAUCCCUAGUGGUGAUAAAGAUUUGACAUUAACUGAUGUGAAACAGCUAUUCGGUGAUUUCUGCAUUUUACCUGUUGUGUGCCCAAGGUCAAACAAGCACUUUCUUCAAAAACUGCAAGGCAUGGCCAGCGUGAUUCGUUUCCAAUUGGACAAAGAUAUAUCGGGAAUCUUGUUCAAACUCGGUUUCAUGAAGUUUGACAUUGCUUUUUUCAUAGAGUUCCAAUAUGACAAAUAUUCCGUUCUGGAACCCGAAUUUAUGAAUCUGAACGACAAAACGUCUGUGCUAGACCAAGUCGUUCUCAUAAACCACUCAGAAUUUGCCCAGCUUUCUUCUGAUGACAUGACAGAACUUCAAAACUUCCUGCAAUCUGGAGAGUCCAAAAAGUGUCCGGAAUAUCAGAGGAAGCUCCGGUCUCUGCCUCUGUUUGAAACAAUACAGGGGAAUCGAGUGAGGAUUGACGGCCAAGAAGCGGUUUACAUUCUUGACAUGCUCGCGCAGUCAUUUAAUAAAUUCCCAGACUUGUUCAAACCUCCCGAUUGCCACAACAUUUUUCUCAAAAACAAUCCCGAGAACAUCAGUGUGUCCCAGACUUUGAAGAUCCAGACUUUAAAUGACCUCCAGUAUUUCAUGAAGCUCAUCCUGCCUGUCGUCCGUAGACUCACAAAGACUCAGAAGAUUCAGUGCCUCAAACUGUUACUUUCACUGCAACUUUCUGACAGUUACUUGGAGCAUAAAUCGACCAUAAUCUCUCAACUUGAGACUGUGCCAAUAAUUGCCAAUGCUAACGGAGAAGUGGUGACAGUCUCGUACUACUUCGAUGACAGAGUUGCCUUGUAUCGGGCAAUGUUGCCCCGAGAAAGAUUUGUGCCUGCGAGUGUUUGGACUGAGCUGUGCGAAGGAAAACAAUAUAAAGAACAACCAGCACGGCAGUUACUCCAGGAACUUGGAAUGAACCAUGUUGUGUCCAAAGACGAUAUCAUACGUUUUGCAAAAGAUUUGGAGUCUGAAAUCGGGGCAAAGGGUCACUCCCAGGAGCUGGAACAGAAAUCCACCUUGGUUUUCCAAGAAGCCUUGAGUGUUGCAAGAGAUGAGAAAAUACUGCUGAAGAGCAUCACCAACAUUAAGUUCAUUUUCCCUGUUAAAGUAAAAAAGAAACUGUGUGAUUAUCAUUUGCCAUUCGUGCCAGAGACCACUGCUGUCCAAAUCAACGGUUCCUUAAUUGAGAACGGUCACGUGAAUCAAGAAUUGAUUUGGUCUUCAAUGCCAAUCAUUGAUCUACCGCUAAAAACUGAGGAGCUUCUGAAAAUGAUCACACAAGUGGGAGCUCACGAAAGACCGCCUGCGGAGUUUGUAGCCAGAAACUUGUUUAACGUGUGCCGGUCACCUUGUGAAACAGACGUUCAGAUUCAAACCCGCGCCACUGUCUUUCGAAGUUCUUACGCCUAUUUGCAAGCGAUCAACUUUGACAGCCAAUCACUGAAAGGUCUCCCACUCGUGUUGGUCGAAAAAGACAAAAAAGUGGUGAGAACGGAAAAUGUUGCACGUUCACUUCCCCACGACUCUGACUUCAGGCCGUAUUUGUACAAACUUCCAAACUGGGACAUUGUGUAUUGGCCAUUCUUCCAGAAGGUUGGUGUGAAGGAGGAACCGACGGCACUGCAGUACUGUAACGUCCUCUCGGCAGUCAACGCUGAUUCCAGCGCUAAAACCAGACUAAACGGAAACCAACAAGGAACAGUGAAACGUGCUGUGCAGCAGUUGUUACUGUUGAUGAAAAAGAAGUGUAACCAAUCUCUUUUGGAAAGCGUAAAGACUCUGUACCUGCCUGCUGUAGAUGGAAAACUCCACCCAUCAUGUGCACUGUACUUCAACGACACAGCGUUUGACCCCCAACGCUUGGAAGCAUCACUGGAGGAAGAGUUCUUGUUGCUUGAGAAACUCAGUGCAUGUCACCUGGGCACCGACAUCUAUGACCACUGUCGAAUUCUACAAUUGUUACCCCAGAGACUUCAACCUCAAAUGCUCUCGCAGGUCACCAGCGAGAAAGUCGUAGAGUCGCACAUGCAAGUUUGUGAUAUUGGUCUGGCCUGUGAGUUUCGUGGUUGGUUUGACAACCAUCUGACCUCAGGCGCAUUCACCCACGGACUGAUAUGUCUUAUAAGAGAGCAGUCAAAAGGUAAAAUCACUCAAGAAGCGGCUGCAGAUAUGUGUAAGAAAAUAUUUGGCAGCAUCGAGAUUGUGUGUUGCACAAGCCUGAUGUCGGAGCUGUGGCUCCAAGAUCGAGCCUUGAAGAACACCGCCUGCGAGACUGACGUUUUUGUCCAGCAAGAUCAAAAAGGGAGCACCUUUUACCUGAGACACAAUGACACCAUGCUCCUCAAGGUCAUAAACGAAGUAAACAUGACUUUGACAAAGGUGAUCAACUCUCUUUUAGGUGGUAGGAUUUUGCCAGAGCACCUCCUGGUCCUUGGACAGCUCCUGCUGUGUGACGACCUGCAAGAUGUUCGUAAGACUCUGGCCAAGAACGGGAUCCACGACAGCGUUGACGUACAAAGUUUUCCCGCCAGCACAGCGGCUUUGAAAGGAGACAUUCCGGAGGAGUGGCACGAUUGCUUGGAUAUGAAUGUCCUCAACAAUUUUGAAACGGGAGAAUGUGUAGGUUACUUCACUAACAACAAGUAUAUUUAUGCAACCAUUGUGGAGGAACUACCUGGACAAGCGGGACCUUAUUCACAGAGAUACAAAAUAAGAAUUGGUGAAGACGAGCUCAUCGAAGUUAGUAGUGUAGACCUCUACCAGUUUAAAUGUGAAAACAAUCCACAAACCGAGUCUGACCCAUCGCGAUCCAUCGGUAUGGAUUUGCAAGAAAUGACGUUCCAAUACUCUUCCUCAUGGGAAAGAAGUUUACCGGGAACUUACGAAGAGGCGGUGACGGAAAUCAAUCAAAGCUUGGCAGAAAUCUGGACUCUUCCUCAGGAGGAGAGGACUAAACCCGGCAAGCGGCUUUACCUCAAAUGGCACAAUUUCAAAAACCCUCAGUGCCAUUAUGUUUCAGAGGCAGUCGAAUACGUGAAACGCAGAACCUGCGUUUCAUUUGGAGUCUAUUACCAUCAAUGGGAUGAGGAGGCUUUGCGCCACAGAAGUAGCCGAGAACAAUUUGUCCUUCAACACCAUUCCUACAACUUUUGGGGCCAUAACAAAUACAUACCAAGGCCAAACCGCGGGGAGGCUCGGCGCUGGUGUCGGCAGGCCCGCUGUGAUCUCGGUGCGGCCCGCAACGAAAGUGGUGAGGGGAGCGCGGAGUGGUGUCUGUUCAAACUCCACCAGGCAGUGGAGAAGUCCCUCAUAGCUGCUGAGUACAAAAAAAACGGCCGGCGUCUCGGUGGCACCAUUUCAGCCAUGGCUGGAAAAAUGUCAGACUUUAGUCCCCGACUGGGAGACCUCCCCCUCUACGUGGCCGAACUGCAGGCCUUGGGCGUGGAUGCUAAAAAGACCCAAUACCCCGACUGCCAUCCUUUCCCCCGCAUCCCAAAUGAAAGUUUCCAUUCGGCCGAUUUGGGUGCAGCUUUGGACACGGCGACUCAGCUCCUUGACGCGGUCGAAACGUACGUGGAUUGAGGCUCUACAAUGACCAUACGCCAUCUUUAAGACCCGCUUACCCUUUUGAAUUCACCGGAACGAUCCUGUUGGUGUGAAAGAGUGGAUUUGUUUGCGACUCGUUUUGUCUGGGACCAGAAUAAGAACGCAGCGAGGUUACGUAUGCCGUGUUGCCGUCAUUCAUCAAUUUUCAAGCAUCGGGUUCAUGUUCUACAACUCUCUGCAUUUUGAGCUACAUUAUCCGUCCAGUAAAUGUUAAUGUGAAUCGAGUGCCUGGUCGUAGUUGCCGCAAUUACUUGCUGCUACAAUAUAUGGACCAAUGUGUUCUACAAAUCCACAAUUUUAUGAAGACUUGAACAAAAUUGCUCAGUUUAUUGCUCUUCAGUGGUAGCUUUUAAAAUUGAUGUCAAGUUUUUGCGAUUAAAGAAGAAAAAAACAGAUCAAUAAAAAAACGUGUUAAAACCUUGUCGACUGUUUGUGUUACAUUUAA